AUGCCAAACAAGACACCCAUAAGAGUAUCCUCAUUACUAAAGAAGCUCCCGCAAAGGUCUCUAUCAAUGGCGUGGUAUUGCUCCGGCUCCACGAAUAGCGAGCUCAUCGCGAAUCUGUUCAAGACGGGUCUGAUAAAAGAUGAAAGAGUGAAGAAUGCCAUGCUAGGCGUUGAUCGCGCCCAUUAUGCGCCCUCAAGGCCAUACUCCGAUUCACCGCAGCCCAUCGGGCAUGGAGCUACCAUAUCUGCUCCACACAUGCAUGGACAUGCCUGUGAAUACCUCAUCGACUAUCUGAAGCCAGGCUCGCGUGUGCUAGACAUCGGAUCUGGCUCGGGUUACCUCACCCACGUGCUUGCAAACCUCGUCGUGAGUCCUUCGUCCACGAGCGAAGCCGAUGGCCAGGUUAUAGGUGUAGACCACAUUCCGGAGUUGGUGGAACUGGCACAGACAAACAUGCGCAAAUCAAAAGAGGGGAGUAGCUUUCUUGACUCUGGAAGGGUGAAAUUCAUUACUGCCGAUGGUCGCCUGGGCUGGAAAGAGGGCGCACCGUACGACGCCAUCCAUGUUGGCGCGGCCGCGCAUCACCUUCACCCCGUACUCAUCGAGCAGCUCCGCGCACCAGGGCGAAUGUUCAUACCCGUCGAUGCGGAGGAUGAUGAGGCUAGCUUUGGGCUGGGGGGAGGACAGUAUAUCUGGGUAGUUGACAAAAGAGAGGAUGGUUCAGUCCACAAAGAAAAGGUGUUCCAGGUUAGCUACGUUCCCCUAACCGACCGCCCGGGAAGAUGA